AUGACUCUCGACAUAGGAAACGACACGUUGCUAUGCAAGGUAUUCCCCACCAGCCUACAAGGUCAGACUCUCUCAUGGUUUUGCCGAUUACCCCCGAACUUUGUCGAUAACUUUAGGGACCUAUCAGAAGCUUUUGUGGGGCAAUACCUAUGCUCUGUUCGGUAUAAACAGAACAUUAGCACCCUGCAAAACAUAAAAAUGCAAGAGAAUGAAUCUUUAAGAGAAUUUGUGAAACGGUUUGGUCAAGCUGUGUUACAAGUAGAGGCUUACAGCAUGGAUGCUGUCAUUCAGAUCUUCAAACGAAGCAUAUGCCCAGGCACUCCAUUCUUUGAAUCACUCGCUAAAAAGCCUCCCACGACAAUGAAUGACUUGUUCCGACGCACGAGCAAAUACUCAAUGCUAGAAAAUGAUGUGCGUGCGGCCACCCAUCAAAUUUUGGUUGCCGGACAGACAUCCAGAAGCAAUACGGAAAGGAGUUCCAAACUUCCGGAUUGGCCAAGGUGGCCCGACCCCCUCAGAACGGACCCAGCCAAGAAAGAUCAUAGCAAGAAGUGUGUCUACCAUAAAGAGUAUGGUCACACUAUGGAGAGGUGCAGGAGUCUCCAUUAUUUAGUGGAAAGGCUCUUAAAAGCGGGACAUUUGAAGCAAUACUUCCACUCAGAUGCCAGAGUUAGAGAUACCCCCCGAAAUCGCGACUCUGGGACCCCCAGGACCCCAAUCGCCCCCAAAGCCAUCAUCAACUACAUUCACAGAGGACCACUAGAUGAGGAGUACAACUCCAAACGAAAGAGGUAG